UCUGUGUAGCUUCUGGGUGGCAGGUCGUGUCUGGGGGAAGCUUGAGCUCGCUGAGACUGCACCUCAGGGACGAUGGCGGAGGGAGAUAACCGCAGCACCAACCUGCUGGCUGCAGAGACUGCAAGUCUGGAAGAGCAGCUGCAAGGAUGGGGAGAAGUGAUGCUGCUGGCCGAUAAAGUCCUCCGAUGGGAAAGAGCCUGGUUUCCACCUGCCGUCAUGGGUGUGGUUUCCUUGGUGUUUCUGAUUAUCUAUUAUCUAGAUCCAUCUGUUCUUUCCGGUGUUUCCUGUUUUGUUAUGUUUUUGUGCUUGGCUGACUACCUUGUUCCCAUCCUAGCGCCUAGAAUUUUUGGCUCCAAUAAAUGGACCACUGAACAACAGCAAAGAUUCCAUGAAAUUUGCAGCAACCUAGUAAAAACUCGACGCAGAGCUGUGGGUUGGUGGAAACGCCUCUUUACACUAAAGGAAGAAAAGCCUAAAAUGUACUUCAUGAGCAUGAUCAUUUCUCUUGCCAUGGUUGCUUGGGUGGGACAGCAAGUCCACAACCUGCUUCUCACCUACCUGAUAGUGACUUUCGUACUGUUGCUUCCUGGACUAAACCAACAUGGAAUCAUUUCAAAGUACAUUGGAAUGGCCAAAAGGGAGAUAAACAAGCUUCUCAAACAAAAAGAAAAGAAAAAUGAAUAAUGCAUCUGCUUUAUUCAAUAUGAUUAAUGGAGUACACAUUGUCCCUGGGAACAGUUUCUACUAUGCUCUCUGGAUACUAAAAUGUUAACAGAAGUAGCUCUUUGUUCUCCCUCACUCUGCCCUUAGUUAAAAGAAACUCACACUUGCCAAGUAUGGCUUUAUGCAUAGUGUCUUCGUGUCAGGUGUAGGUGGGUGCAUUCUAUCAGUUGGCUUUGUACAGACAACUCAUUAGUGAGUAUGAUUUGUUUUGAUUUUUCUCACCCAGGGUUAAUGAAAUUCUUACUUUUGGACAACUUCCUUUAAAAUAAUAUAGUGGUG